UUCGUCGGCUAUCGCCUCAAAACAGAAAACACAUCAGUACAAUACAAAGUUUUACUACUGGAAGCGACCAACCGCAUCGGAGGACGACUGUAUUCGGUGCAUUUACCGGACAUUGACUUUAACGUUGCGGAACUGGGAGGAAUGCGUUUCAUUCCGGACUCUCAGCCUUACGUUACAAAAGUCAUCAAGGAAAUGAAUAUUCCCCACAAGCCAUUUCUUAUGGAUGAAGAAAACGAUGCCAGACCAUAUUUAUUUCGCGAUGUAUUUGUUCAGCAGAAAGAUUUGAAGACGGCAGGGAAAGCUGCUUACAAACUGAAGAAGGAAGAAGAAGAUCUAACUCCUAGCCAGGUUUCAGAUUUGGUGUUUGAGGCUAACGUACCACCAGAUCAGAGACAUUUGAAUCCAGAUGAGAUGAUGACAGUCGAUGGAUUUCCUUUACUUCAUUACGGGACGGUGAAUACUUACAACUUAGUCAAUGCCAGUGAUGACGCACACAAUUAUGUCAUAGCCGGAAAUGGAUAUUCGGAUAUUUAUACCAAUUACAACGCUGCUAACUCCAUUGGAGACACCAACGAUACUUCUCGUAGUAACGCCUAUAGAGCACCGGAUGACGGUAUGCACACUAUACCAAUAAGAAUGGCAGAAGAGUUUAUGAGCUUGGGUGGCAGAAUCAAGAAGAAGACAACUGUAACUGCGAUAGAUGAGUGCGAGUUCCCAAACGCGCAAAAAGUGUAUCUACUGACAACCUACAACUAUGAGACACUGGAGACGGCACAGUACAUUGCUCGUAAAGUUGUUUUGGCUGUGACGAGAUCUCAAUUGAAGAGAAUACAUUGGGAUGCAUUGUGGACAUCUCCAAAGAGGGAAUUAGUAGAUGCGGUAAUAAGUCAUCAAGCCGCUAAAAUAUUUUUUGCGUUUGAAGAGCCAUGGUGGCGCAAAGAGAGUCUGCAAUACUUAAACCUAACGCAAGGUCGUUCCAUCUCUAGCCUUCCUAGCAGACAGACUUAUUACUUCACUGCACCAAAUCCAGCUGUCAACAACCGCUCGUUCAUCAUGCUUUACAAUGACGGCCAGUUUGCUAAAUUCUGGGAAGCUUUGGCUUCUGACUCUUUCAACAAGUUUCCCACUUCUAAUUCGGCCAUAUUUCCUAUGACUGACACUCUGGUAAAGGAAGUAGUCAAAGAGUUGGCUCUCAACCACAACACAACAGAGGACGUCAUUGGUCGGCCAUACUUUGGAUGGAUUAUGGUGUGGGACAAUGAUCUGCUACCAAGAUACGUUGAAGGAUACGGUCCUUAUAUGCCAAGUGAGUCAUGGACUUUGUGGGCUCCUGGAUACAACUACACAGAAGAAACGAGAAAUAUUAUCAAAUUGGACGAGAACCAGGACAUCUUCAUAUGUGGAUCGGUUUAUUCCGUUCAACAGGGGUGGACUGAGGGUGCACUCGAGCAUGCUGAUACAAUGUUGACAACUCAUUUCAACAUUCCAUCUUACCUAGCACCGUCUGCGAUGGUGGCAAUGAAACAAUCGUUUUACGCCAAAAGAAGAGUCCCUUUAUAUCCGUGACAUACAGUUUCACUAACUAGUAACUUUAUUAGGAGAAGGAACUGUCGAGGCUUAGUUGCUGUACUUGUUUCUUAGUCUAGAGAUAUGGCCAUGGAUAUAGCAUGUUAGAGUUUUCGUUCUGUCUCAAGACUAAUUGUCUAGAGUUUGCUUGUCGUUCUGACUAUACUACUAGCUAGCUAGAUCGAAAACAUUAGCAACAGUUUGUCCUCUAGAUGUCUAAAAUGCUUUAGUUGAUUAAAUAAGUAAUACAUUUUAUUACACGAUCGUUCGUUUCAAUAGCUCUAGUGACUGUUGAUCCUAGCUAGACGAGCCUCCAGCUCGUGAUACUAAAUUCAAACUUGGCGACACGUUGCUGCGGUGGAAAAUAUUUUUGCUGUUUGUUGUUGAUUUGCACGUUUCAGUUGUACAGUCAUUCAUUGAGUGUAAAUUAUGUAAGUACAGUACAUAAUACGGAAGGAACCAUUCUGUUUAGCGCGCGUUAGACCGCAUACUUGAUCUA